AUGAAAAGAAAGGCGGAAGAAAAAGAGGUCGAUUUGGAGUUGGGUUAUGUACCUAUUAGGUUGAUAAAUUCAUCAGAAUGUCCGUUGGUGAUCAUUGGAAACUCACAUCAGGAUUUUGUAAGAACCAUCAGUCAACUUGGUUGUGUGUUACCUAUAAAAGCGAAGCAAGUGAAUCCAAAUAAGGCCGCCAUUAAUCUUAAUAUGAUGCCAACUGAUUCACGUACUCGUGAAGAGGAGGAACGAAAUCCUUGUGACAUAAACAUAAAUCUUAAUCUUAAUGGAGGCGCUUCAAGUAAUAUUAAAUGGGCUAAACAUAACGAGAAGAAGAAAGGAAAGAUGAAGCAAGGCGAGACUGAUGGAGAUGAUUAUGAUGCUGACAAGUAUAAGGAGAAGAAAAGAAAGAAAGAUGAAGCAAGACAAUGUUGA